UCAAUUACAUAAGAAGCAUAGUUCAAAGAAUGCCAGCUGGUGUAUCAUUCUCUAGAUACAUUCGAUUCGUUGUGACCUCUAUGGUUACGAUGCUGGCCGGAGCACAAAUCGUUCAUACAUAUUACAAACCACUUGAACAUUUAGACAAGGAAAUCGAGGAAGAGUUUCAAAGGCGAAAAAACGCCUCCGGAUUGCAAUAGCAGUAAUAAUGUAGUGACUUAACGCCAGCCAUGUAACACAAAUAAAAGUUGCGCUCUGUCAUUAGACGCAUAAUUCUCCGAGUAA